AUGGCGCAAACCCUCCCAUACUUGGUGUGGGCAAAUGCGGUGGAGCUUGCCAUGACAGAUGAGAAUGUCCUCCACAUGAUUGUACUUGCGGAGCGAACGGGGGCGUUUGGAAGGGACGCAAGGCUGCAUAUUCGGGCUGCCAUGACACAAGCAAUGCAAGCCCAAUUCAGCAGCGUGUACGCGCAUUUCCCGAACGUCGUCGCAGUUAGGACCAUGGCAGUCGUUCAAAAUGCCCCUAUCAGACCUAUGUCUGCGGUAGACCCGUAUUUCAAUCACGGCACAGCAAAUUGUCUGGACUGUUUUCGCUUUCUUGAAUCAUAUGGGAUUAUAAGUGUAACAGGCUUUUACGAUCGAGCAGGCAGUUAUUUUCGGCAGGCGAAUAUCAACGGAAAUGUUGCUCUUCAAGACUACAUGAUCAGACAGUUCCCUCUAUCGGCAUUGUUUACUGAUAUCGGCAUGGAUCAAGAUGAUAACCGACAGCUCGUUGAGGCUUUUGUUCGACGAGGUGAAACUUUUAUCGGUCGGGUUAAUAACUGGAGCAAUCUAAUCACGAACCGCCAAUUGCUGAGGAUGGCUCCGUGGAUCGGUCUGAAUAUGGCAAGGAGGCUGAAUGCGCGAGGGGUACAUCUUGUCCAUGCCCAUGAAGUUGUGUCCCGGGGUGGAAGCCGGGAUUCGUGGAUAUGGCAUGAGCUUAUCAUAACCCGCAAUCCGCAACGAAUCGCUUUAUUUAAACUGAUGCAUGAGGAUGUCGCAGUACCGGCCGGACUAGGCGUGAAUCAAACCAGUGAAGCUGGCUGGGAUGGGGGCACAUGGCAUCCAUGGGCAACAGCUAUCAAAUUUGGAGACCGGCCUGCUGCCCUGUGGUUUUCGCGUCAUGCCAACCCUUUGGUAUUGUCUGAUUCGACACAUAUAAUCCGCGGUGCUGUAGCCGCGACUGCUCCUGCGCCCACAAUCUACACCCCGGCUCCGAACACGAAGUUUAUCGGGUAUGCAGCAACGCUGAGCAUAACGGCUGACAAUCUUCAUUUUCUCCGUCAGUGGGUGCGAGCAGCGAGUCAGCCUCUCACCUUGCGAUUUUUCCGAAUGACCGAUCUAGUAAAGGCCAGAUUGGCAUAUCGAAUCACUGAUAUGCUAGAGCAGAUUAUACUGAAUAUGUCGAGACAGCGCUCGGCCAUAAGCGCAGACGCAACUUUGACGCCGAGAACCAAGGCCCGACGGCGCAAAAUGAUCGCAGACAUUGCUGUUGGCAUGCUGAUAGAAAUCAUAGGGAACCUUCUGCGUAUUGAGGCAGAUGGCGUUGUAAACAAUAUCUCCAACUUCCGCGAGUAUCGUGAAUGGCUUGACUCUCUCAAGAGGUCUGGCAUACCAGAGAUAACCACUAUAUUGAGGGUGUUGGAACAGCCUAGAAUCGAGACACGCUCUGGUAGGUACUGA